CUUGCAGGGAUAUCUGGUCGGAGAGAGACUGAGCGUGCGCAAAAAAAAGCCUUUAUUUUGAAACUUUUAGUCCCGGAUGUUUAGGAAUUCCUUGACAGGUGCGUCCAACUAGGAGAUAAUUAUCCAGGUGAGAGUCCUGUCAAUCCUGAUCACACAGUGACACGUUUUCAUGCAAAAGAAACUUGAUCAUGAGGGGAGAUACAACUACAGAGAAUGAGGUGGAGGAGGAUGAUCAUGGAGGGAGUGAAGCAGCAGCAACAGAAACUGCAUCUGGAGAAAGAAGACCUGAUGGUGCGUUCCUUCCUGGUCUCUCAGCUGCUGCUGCUGAUGAUGCUGCUGCUGCUGCUACAGAUGUGAUGGACAACCACCAGCUACACACAGGCAGACAGAAUGGAGGGCAGGAAGUGCUCCAUUUAAAUCCUCAGAGUGGAGUCAACGGGGAUUUGGCCAGAAUGAACCCUUUUUAUACAAAUAAUUUGGAAUCUAGCAGCAGAGGUCAUGUAAUAGAGGACGUAGGGAGGAGAACUCCAGAGGCAGUAAACCUUGAUACCAUCGCUGUCCCUCCACCUGAAUUUCCAAGUUCUCUGGACCUUCAGCCUGAGAUGAAGACCCUUACCCCCAACCAGAACUCAACAGACUUAUUCCAGCCCAUGUUUAAAGAUGAUGGGGUCGAUCUUUUCCAGGCUACUGAAGGAGAGGAUUUACUCCACGCUGAAAACACUAUGGUGGGAAACCCCUUUGUUAGAUCUUCCAGUAUUUUCGUAGACCCGCUCAACUCUUCUUCAAACAAGGAGGACGAUCUGUUCCGGUCUACACAGCCGGUAAUGGCGAACCCAUUGUAUACCACCACGACCAAAGAAGCAGAUUUGCCUCGGGCAGAUCCGACUAAAAGUGAGGAUCUCUUCCACAAACAAGAGGACCUUUUUGGCAUGUCUUCUUUUCAGGACGCAUUUUCAUCCUCAUCCACAAAUGCAGUCGACCCAUUCCCGAGCCCAAUCACAAGGGAUUUAUUCCAAGACGUUUCCAGUUUGGAUGACCCGUUUGGCACUACACCAACAAGACAUUACAACCCCUUCCAUGAUUUUUCACCAGGGACUACAGACAUCUUCAAACCACUUCCCCCAAAGACUAACGGCACGGAUGUAUUUGGGAUAACCUCCAGCGAUACUCCUAAGGCCACGUACUUUACACCGUCACUCAACAGCCCGUCAGAAAUGAAGUUGGACGCACCAUUGGAGCCAACAGAUCUCUUCAAGGCAACGCCAUCAGAAUCUGAAAGUCCGGAUGAUCUUUUCCUGCCGACUCCUCAGGGAACCAAACCCGAUAUUCCUCAGCCGAGUCCCUUCAGUCGGGCCAGGAAUCUGUCCAUGAUGCACGGCCAAUCUCAAGCUGAUAGGAUUCAUGGGGGGCCGACUUUCAAACGUCCGCCAAAGCCACGUCCUCGAAGUAGACCACCAAGGCCAGAAAAGCCAGCAAAACCAGCAAGCCCUACUGAACCAGAAGCAACUGUACCAAAAACCUAUCCUAAACCACCUUUGAGACCGCUCCCAAAACCAGCAAGCCCUACUGAACCAGAAGCAACUGUACCAAAAACCUAUCCUAAACCACCUUUGAGACCGCUCCCAAAACCAGCAAGCCCUACUGAACCAGAAGCAACUGUACCAAAAACCUAUCCUAAACCACCUUUGAGACCGCUCCCAAAACCAGCAAGCCCUACUGAACCAGAAGCAACUGUACCAAAAACCUAUCCUAAACCACCUUUGAGACCGCUCCCAAAACCAGCAAGCCCUACUGAACCAGAAGCAACUGUACCAAAAACCUAUCCUAAACCACCUUUGAGACCGCUCCCAAAACCAGCAAGCCCUACUGAACCAGAAGCAACUGCACCAAAAACCUAUCCUAAACCACCUUUGAGACCGCUCCCAAAACCAGCAAGCCCUAUUGAACCAGAAGCAACUGUAGCAAAACACUCUCCUAAACCACCCUUGAGAACGCUCUCAAAACCAGUUCUUCAUCACAAUCCAGAACCUACGGAAGGUAAAUUGCUGGAAGCGGAGAAAUCACCUGUCUUUGAGAACGUGCUGCUUAUUGGACAGGAAAGGUGUGUUGAAGACUGGCCUGAAGACAGCCCUGAGCUUAACCCUGACUUCAAACCAGCUGGAACAUUAAGACUACGGCGAGAAUCAUUUAAAUUGAAGCUGGACUCUGAUGGAGGAAGUGGCGAGGACCAGAGUGACGCUAAAAAGGAUAGAAAGUUCAGAUUGUCCCUGCUUUCCAGAAGAGACUCAAAGGAGAAGUUUCCUGAUGACAGAAGGAGGAGCAGCACACUACCCAACUCUCGUAGAUCAUCAAAGGAGCAGUUUUCAGAAGUGUCUGAAGAAAAGAAUGAGGAUUGGGAGCAGAACGGGACGGACAACUAUAAAAAUCAUUUGAAGACCAGAGUCGGUCAGCUUAGCAGAGCGUCCACUUUUUCCGCAUUGCCAGUGGGAAAGUACUCGAACGGAGAAGAAUCAAAGGGUGACGACAUCAAUAAGAAAGGUGUCGGCAACAAAAACUCCAUGAUGCGCCAAUUUUCAGAGGGGGCAGCAGUGAAUGUCAGCACUGGUGAGGAUGAGGAGGAAGAGGAGGGAGGGGAAGCCCAGCACGAAGAUGGAUUUAAGAAAAGAAAGAAGAAGGUGAAAAUCAGGUUUGUGCCACAAAGAGGAUUUGCCAUCACUGUAGAAAAGAAGGGAGCACACGGAUACACACCUCGCAAAAGCACAAAGGAGAAAUCCCCAGAUGAAUUUUUGGGUGCGCAUGGCUACACACCUAGUAAGAAAUACCAGGAUGAUGUUUUUGAGGAUGAAAAGGAGAAAGGCCACAGUCCUGCUAGUCCAACUAGCAAGGCUGCUUUCAUGGACGAUGAGCCCUUCCAGAAAACACACCACAGGUCUGUUGGAUUGAAUAGACACGAAGAUUUACAUGCAAUUGAAGACGGCGAACUUAGGAAACCAACCAAGAAACCGCUGCCCAUGGGUCAUCGAAGCUCUAAGGAGGACUUGCUGGAUGACACCGAUUAUCAGAAAAAGAAGAGCAGUUUCUCAGCAGAGGAGUUAUAUGAUGAAGACUGGAUGGACGACUGCAAACCGAAAACUUCCAAACAGAAAGGCCCUACUCCCAUGCCACGCAAAUCAAAGACCGCCAAUGGACAGAGUGAACCGGUUGGAUUCAGCCACCAGACUCCUCAGCACGCAGCCAAUGUGUUCAAUGAUCCCUUUGCUGAGGAUGACUUUACUGAAAAAGGAAAACAUUUCACGAGUCCCGAGGAGAUGUAUGACAGCGAAGAAGAUGAAGAGGAAACCUGCGAACCGAAGAAGUCAUCUAAAUUUAAAGGCUUCAAAAAACACAAGGCUAAGGAGAGCAAAGCCAUGCAGCCAGAAUGGGAGGAUCCACCAGGAGCUACGUCAAGUGACUUCAUGUCAGAGGCCGCUCAGGCGGAGUGGCUGGCUGCUCAGAAGGAUGAGCGCGCCAUGGCAGGAAUGGAGGAUGAGGAUGAGGACGGGGACACUGACAGUUUGAUGGAGUGGUGGCACACUGUGGAAAAAUGGGAUGAGGUGCCAUCUGACAAUGAGGACCAAGUCAUGAGAGAGGACGAGUCCAAGUCAUUCUCCAUCUUGGCGGAGAAGGUCUAUCGUGGCAUGCGUCUCUUCAACAAGGUCUUCACAGAGCGAGCUGAGGACCUCUGGCAGUCCGUCAUAUCGCUCCACGCAAUCGCCGACAACAUCAACAACUUCCACCACAAGGCCAAGAUCGCCGGCAUCACCGGUGGCACCACCACAGCUGUGGGUGGCGUGACGGCCAUCGCCGGUUUGGCUCUGGCACCGUUUACCUUGGGCGUCUCUCUCGUUAUCACCGCUGUUGGCGUGGGUGUGGCGACGGCUGGAGGAAUCGCUUCAGCCUCUGCGGCCAUCUCGGAUAACGUUAACAAUAUGCACGACCGGAAGAAGGUCGAGAUAGUCCUGCAGCAGUACGAGGGUCACCUGAAGGCCAUCGGAAAGAUCCUCCACUUCGUCAAUCAGGGCGUGUACAAACUCCGCGGCCAUCCCUUCCUCAGGUCUGGCACCCAGCACUACUCUAAGGACUGGGAGACCCGCAGGACCGUCCAGAUGAUCAGCUUGGUGGACACGCCCGUGUUGCGAGGCACAGAGAUAACGGACGAGUCGCUCGCCUCGGUGCAAGGACUCUUCAGGGGCAUAGACAAGUACUUCAUCAAGGACUCCCGAGAGCUGAAGAAAGGCUGCAAGAAAGAGGUGGUGGGUGAAAUAAAGGAGGUGGCGAAUGUGCUCAACGACGGGAUAGUGGAGCUCAAUGCCAUCAGAGAGGAGCUGCAGGACGCCACUGGAAACCUGUGAGCAAUGUCCUGCAGGAUGCCACUUUGACCAUAGUUGUUACCUUAAAGCACCACCAGCCCCCUCUCCUGGCUACACGAGGGAACUGUUGGGCACAGUAGGUCAGUAUCUGCUGUUAACUAGACAGUUUCACACAUUAAAAUGGUGGUUAAGGCCAAAUUUUUUAAAAUCAAUUAGCUUAAAACAGCAGACUCCGGAAGUUAUAAGAAGUUUAGACAAUUGACAGUAUAUUCCAAUAAAUUGCUGUAGUGCUGCAACAGAUAAAACCACUUCGAAGCUAAUAAUGGUAGGUGUUUUAAUCCAACUCUGGUAACUCUCGAAGCUGUAGAUUACUCUUGUUCUAUAGAUUGGUGCACGGAUGAUGCAUUUGUGUAGGCAAAACCAGGAAGUUAGCAUCGCCACUCGUUCCCUCGCCAAAAA